GAUGUGACUUCGUGGUGGGUAGAGAAGUGUGCAGCGACUGUGCAAGAUUGCUUCAUUGAUGGGGUGGGGGAGAUUGGACAUCUGCCGCCGCAUCUGAUACGUCAAUUCGCAGUUGAUUACGUUUAUUUGGCGGACGUUUUCGAAGAUUUAGGAACAGCAAAGUUGGCGGAAUUCGACGAAAUGCGGCAGACGUUUGCAGAUCUUGGAUAUAUCAAGGAUCAGUCGUAA